AUGUCAUGUCCUGCAUCACUGAUACCCAGGAUUGAAAAGGUAAGACUUGAUCGAAAAGAUGGUAUCUCGAAAGUGGUCGGGACACUCUUCUGCGUCACUGGAGCUUCUGUGAUUACACUGUACAAAGGUCCAACCAUUUAUAGUCCUUCUCUACCACCAGUGCAAAAUACAGCACCAAUAUUGUUGCUUAACUUAGGAAAUGCUGAUGGCAAGAACUGGACACUGGGGUGCAUUUUCUUGAUUGGUCAUUGCCUGUCGUGGUCUGCAUGGCUUGUCUUGCAGGCUCCAAUACUCAAGAAAUACCCCGCAAGGCUCUCAUUUACUUCUUAUCAGUGUUUCUUUGGAGUUAUACAAUUUCUUGUUAUUGCUGCUUUUAUGGAGAGAGACAUCCAGGCCUGGCUUGUUCACUCUGGUGGAGAGCUCUUCAGUGUUUUCUAUGCAGGAGUGGUAGCAUCAGGGAUUGCAUUUGCUGUACAGAUAUGGUGCAUUGAAAGGGGCGGCCCCGUAUUUGUGGCGGUCUAUCAGCCAGUUCAGACGCUAGUAGUCGCCAUUAUGGCCUCCGCUGCGCUGGGAGAGGAAUUCUACUUGGGAGGGAUAAUUGGAGCAGUGUUGAUCAUAGUAGGGUUAUACCUAGUCUUGUGGGGCAAAAAUGAAGAAAGGAAAUUCUCAAUGCAAAAGAACGCGAUCCAGUCCAACGCGGACCACGGGACCAACCAAACAAUAAUCAACCAUAACAAGUCCUCACUCGCUCAGCCACUGAUAUCUCAGUCAACGGAAAAUGUUUGAGACACUGAGAUUCCAAAAUUUUAACUUAAGUCUUUGCGGGAAAACGAAAAAAGCAGUUCAUUGAUGCUUAUGGAAAAUGGAUUGAAGUGUGUAUGAAUUCUUGAGAGGUGCAAAUCCCCUCAUUUGGUUAUUUACAAAUAUUAAUGGUUUGCUUAUUUUAUGAGAAAUUAUAUCCAAAAUAUGAAUGAGUUGAGACAAUUUACAAUUUUUAUCACAUGAAUCUCUUUUUUACUUA